CCGGAAGUGAUGGCGAAACCUGAGGGGGGGUAACGGUGCGCGACCGUAGGGAUUUUUUUUGGCUUUUUUUUUUUUUUUUUGAGGGGGGAAGGUGUAUUUUUUCUUUCUUUCUUCUUUUCUGCCUUUCGGAAUCUGGAGGCCGGCCUGGCGACGGCAAAUGGGGAAGAAGCGCGUUUUCCGAGAGCGCGCGCCUGGGACCGUUAUUUGCCCCUUUCCUCGGCGAGGGGAGGAAAGGUAGGCAAGAAGGCUCCUCCCCUCGUUGGAGGCCGGGUGGGUUCAGGGGGUUUCCGAGGGGCGCAGUUUUACUCUCGCCGUCCCGGUCGAAGAGGGAGGCGAUAGUCCCGACGUGCCUGAGGCUCGGUUUUAGUUUGCUUGCCGCUUCUGAGCGAAUCUGACCUGUUAGAUCUAGUUUAAACCUAAUUGGAUCACCCUUGAAAGCCGGAUCAGUGUUAAAAGGUUGUUGGGGCGGGGGGGGGGGAGGAAAGGGGACGCUGUCACUACCUCGUUGAGAAAGGAAAGGCACCUGGCAAUUUCUUCUGCCGCCCACCCUGCGACAGAGGCCGGGGAAGCAGCGAUGGAAAGGCUUUCCUUCUUGUGAACGUCCCCUGAAGCCCGUUCCCACACACACAACUUCCUUCCCUCUCCGGUUGUGUUGCAUCGGUAUGCAGGCUAAACAAAAUGUUUUUGCGCUCCUGCUGCCGCCUUUCGCCUUGCUCAAUCUUUACUAGCACAAUGGAAGGAAGGAUUAGGCCCAGGAGGGAUAAAACUUAGAACAGUCCUGCUUGCCUUUUGUUUUUGCUUUUCCCCCCUGUCCAGGGUGCUUCCUAGAGCAGGGGUCACCAACCUUUUGGACCUCAGGGACCACUAAAAUCGUAAUUUUAAAUCCUGCGGACCACAACUAUGAUUUUUUUUUAAAAAAGAUAAAUAGUAUUUAGUGCAAUAUAAAAAAUGCAAUUGAUUUUUCUGCGGACCACCAAAAUUUUCUCGCGGACCAUCAGUCCCAGAGCAGGGGUCUCCAACCUUGGCAACUUUAAGACUUGUGGACUUCAACUUUGUUGGCUGAGGAACUUUGGGAGUUGAAGUUCAGAAGUCUUAAAGUUGCCAAGGUUGGAGACCCCUGUCCUAGAGAACUGUGAUGGAAGUUGCUUCCUCUCUGAUCUGCUCCUUGCUCUAAUCAUGUGACAGUUGGGCUGGUUAUUAUGUUCAUCACCCACCGAAAGAAAGAGCAAAGGAGCAGCUACUUGCAGAUAAGGCUGGUUUUCCUUGGUUUAAGGCCACCUAUCACAUCUCACUUGCUCAUCUAAGCAUAAGCAGGGAAGAUAGGACCAAUAAUAUCUAGAGUGAGGAUGCUGGUGAACAUGUUCCCAUUCCUUUAUGUGGCUAAGGCUAUGUCUCUGGAAUUGAGGCAUUAGCAGAUAAAAUACUGAAGUGGAGAAAAAAAGAGCAGUUAUGUGAGGGCCAGAUAAUAAUAAAAGUUGAGCAGUCAUGGUAACAUGUUGUCUGGGCGGUAUUCUAGAACUAGAGCAGGGGUCGGCAACUUUAAACACUCAAAGAGCCAUUUGGACCCAUUUCCCACAGAAAAGAACCCUGGGAGCCACAAAACCCUUUUGACAUCUAAAAUGAAGAUAACACUGGAUAUAUCAUUUUUUACCUUUAUGCUAUGUAUAAAAAAACUAUAGUGUGUUGCAUUUAUGGAAUCAAUGACCUGCUACCGAGAAAACACAUGUUUAUUUCUGCAUGCAACAAAAACAUUUUGAACUCCAAAAAAAAGAUGGGUUGAAAAGCUCAAUAAAUUGUGUGCCGGCAGGUGUCGCACAUUGGCAGUUGUGACACAUAUUUUGAGCAAACGGGAGCCACAGAGAGGAAUGAAAAAGCCACAUGUGUCUCCAGAGCCGCGGUUGCAGACCCCUGACCUAGAGCAAUAGCAUUUAAGCAAAAGAGGGAGGUGGCUAAUAUUACCUCCUGUCUCUUUGAGUGGAUAGAUCAAGUCACAGAAGCAGCCACAUUCCCCCAGCUAGUUAUCCUGUUUUCACCAGUUGUACAGCAUCUAGACUGGGUUGUGAAAAGAGCAAACUUCAUCAUUUCACUUGCUAUCUUGAGUUUUCCCUGGACAGCAUCCAGUGAACCAGAUCUUUCCUGCAGAGAAAGAACCUGAAUACAGGAAAUAACAAUUGCAGCUUGGAAAAAAAGAAACAGUUGUUUUUAUACACUGAAUCUUCCUUAUAAAGAAUGACUAAGAUGGUUCAUAUGACACACUAAAUUAUAAGGUAGUUUCUUUGGUUCUGGGCUGUGUGAACCCAGUCCUUGUGUCAGUUUUGGAAGGCAAUUUUCUUUUUGCUUCUUAACUGCCACAUAUUUUAGCUGGAGAAGUUGGGAGGGGGUUGUUGUUGGAGCGAUGGAAAGUUAGUCAUAACAACAUUCCAUAUUCAAGGACUUUUGCCUGCAUCUGAUGUAGACUGCCUGAAGAUUGUAUCCAGUUGAGUGUGAAGAGUUGAUUGGACAAUGUGAUGAACUUGGGGUGGGGCAGGGCUGUGAACUGUCAACUGUGUGUGGAAAACCUGGAAGCUUUCAGUUUCGGGUUUUCCCAGCUGUGCCAACAUGACAUAUCUCACUAUAGAGCACUGCACACCAGAACAACUAGACACAAGAACAGUUUUUUCCCAAAGGCCAUCACUCUGCUAAACAAAUAAUUCCCUCAACACUGUCAAACUAUUUACUAAAUCUACACUACUAUUAAUCUUCUCAUCGUUCCCAUCACCAAUCUCUUUCCACUUAUGACUGUAUGAUUGUAACUUUUGUUGCUUAUCAUUAAGUGUUAAAUUAUACCCUAUGACCAUCAUUUGUGUUGUAAAUGUUAAAUGUUGUACCUUGAUGAAGGUGUCUUUUCUUUUAUGUACACUGAGAGCAUAUGCACCAAGACAAAUUCCUUGUGUGUCCAACCACACUUGGCCAAUAAAUUCUAUUCUAUUCUAUUCUAUUCUAUUCUAUUCUAUUCUAUUCUACUCUAGUCUAGUCUAGUCUAGUCUAGUCUAGUCUAAUCUAAUAAAUUGGAACUUUGAGGAACCUCAAGCCUCAGAACUUUAUUUCGUUGGGGGUGUUCCUUGGACCCUGACACCUUGUUUGUAAAGCACAGUUAUUAUUUUGAUAUUAUUAUGGGCCAUCAAAUCAUUGCAGCUCUUAGCAUAAACACAGAUUUUUUUUAUCCAUGAUCUCUUCUUAACCAGUUAUUUCAGGUUUUCCAAGGAUGCACUCAUUGCCACUUUAAUUGAAUUCAUCCAUGUUGCUGCUGGUCAUCUUUUUCUCUUUCCUUCCUCUUUCCCAGCAUUAGAGUUUUCUCCAGAGAGUUAGAUCUUCAUGUAAUGUGUACAAAGUAGAAUAAUUUAACCUUGCUAAUUUGUGCCUUAAGGGAUCAGUCUGGGUUGAUUUGUUUGAUGAGCCAUUUGUAAACCCACUAAUUGUGGUUUAAUAAUUUAAUAUGUAUUAAAUCAUAGUUUAGCAAGAUAUGUGAUACUAUUCACAUUUAUUGCUUAUUAGCUGUCUUACAACUUUCUCUCUUGGUGAUAAAUCCAUGCACUCCAUUUUAUAUGCUUGCAUAUGUGAAUUUUUAAGUACAAGAAAAAGGAUUAGAAUUAAAUCAUAUAUUCAUUUGUAUCUGUUGUGGGCCGGGAUAGCUCAGACAAUAGAGAAGCCUGUUAUUAGAACACAAAGCCUGCAAUUACUGCAGGUUCGAGCCCGGCCCAAGGUUGACUCAGCCUUCCACCCUUUAUAAGGUAGGUAAAAUGAGGACCCAGAUUGUUGGGGGGGGCAAUAAGUUGACUUUGUAAAAAAUAUACAAAUAGAAUGAGACUAUUGCCUUAUACAUUGUAAGCCGCCCUGAGUCUUCGGAGAAGGGCGGGGUAUAAAUGUAAACAAACAAAAAAAAAAUUAUAGCUACUCAAACAGAUCAGUGAGUGACUACAUUAGAGAUGACUGCUUUUUAAGUGACCAACUGUUUAUUAUGCAGUAAAUAAAAAUAAAUAUCUUAGCAUUCAAGCCCUGGUCAUUUCAUGCCUGGACUAUUUCAAUGCACUCUACAUGGGGCUACCCUUGAAGAGUAUUUGGAAGGUACAGUUAGUGCAAGAUGCGGCACCACAGGCAGUUCUUGGGACCCCUAAGGUGGCCCAUGGUACACUGCUGUUCCAGUGGUAACAUUGGCUGCCAGCUUGCUUCCAGAUGCAAUUCAACAGGUUGGUUAUCACCUUUAAAGCCCUUCAUGGCUCAGCCAAAGUUUUCUGAAGAGCCAUCCUACCCCAAUGGGAUUGCUCUCGCCCUACCAGUACUGGUAGAGCAGGCAGGCUGCGGACCCCACUAGUCAAGAAUUUUCAACUGAUGAGGUCCAGGAGAAGAGCCUUUUCUGCUGUGGCUUCUGCCUUUUGGAACACCAUACACUUCAAGGUCAUAACUUCAAGUAUCACUGAAGCAACGAUUUGUUUGGAAAAGUUUGGCUUAUUGAUAACAGUUCUGAUUUUAACUGGCACAAUUGCAAUGAAGAAGAGAAGAAGGCUUAAUGUAAAUGUAGAUGACAAAAUACAUCUUGGUCACUCAAGGGAGCAAACUGAUAAGAUUCCUGUAACAGACUCUGAACACGAAGCUCAUAUUGAUUCUGCAGAAGUAGAUACUGCAGACCAGCUUAUAUAUUCCAAAGAACUUUCUCUGCUGCCUGAUCAAAGAAAGCUUUUAACUUCUUUGCAAUACAAUAAAAAUCUACUUAAAUAUUUAAAUGAUGAUCGACAGAAGCAGCCGUCUUUUUGUGAUCUUCUUAUAAUUGUUGAUGGAAAAGAAUUUAGCUCCCAUAAAGUAGUGGUUGCUGUUGGGAGCAGUUACUUUCAUGCUUAUUUGAGCAAAAAUCCAAAUACAAAUGUUAUUACAUUGGAUCAUGUAACACAUUCAGUUUUCCAUCAUCUGCUUGAGUUUCUAUACACAUCACAGUUUUUCUUAAAUAAAAAUGAAAUACCUUUAGUUUUAGAAGCAGCAAAAUUUUUAGAUAUUAUUGAUGCAGUUAAAUUGCUAAAUAGUGAAAAUGUUUCCAUUUCACAAACUGAAGAGAAAACAAAAAACCCAUCUCAGAUAGAAAAGACAACUGAACAAAUACCUAAAAUAGCCAACAAUCAUCAAUGCACUUUAUGCAAUCGUAAUUUUUGUUACAAGAAAUCAUUAGAAAAUCAUUUGUCCAAAGCACACAAAUCUUCUGCACGGGAAAAAGAACAUGAGCUAAAAAUGGUUGAGAAGUCAGUGAUUUGUACUAGACGAUCAGUGCGAAAUCGUAAAUGCCCAGCCAAGUUUGAUCAGAGUGACAAUGAAAGUGGCAAUGCAUCAGAUACCAAUUUAGAUACAAUUGCUCCUAGUAAGGAGAGCAAUGAAUCUGAGGACAGUGGAAGUGAAAACAACACUGAUGGGCAGGAAGAGGACACUUUGGGAGAUGAUACAGAGUCUGAACAACACAGUGAAAAAGAAUGUGGUGGAGAGGUCCAUGAUGGUCCAGCUGAAGAUAAUCUUUCCACAUGUAUUCCACCUAUUCUUCAGAACAGCAGCAAAAAAUGUUUGCAGUGUCCUAAGUGUGAUAAAAUAUUUGAUCGACCAGGAAAAUUUGAAAGCCAUGCUCGAGUACAUACGGGUGAAAAGCCUUUUGAAUGUGAUAUUUGCCAGCAGCGUUAUUCAACCAAAUCUAACUUAACAGUACACAGAAAAAAACACAACAGUGAAUUGGAAUUUCAUAAAAAGGAACACAAAUGUUCAUAUUGUAACAAAUUACACGCCACCAAAAAGACUCUGAUAAAGCAUGUAAAAAGAUUUCAUCCUGAAAAUGUACAAGAGUUUCUGUCUACCAGGAAGAAAAAAAGUGAAGGGUGGAAAUGUGAGAUUUGCAAUAAGUCUUUCACACGAAGACCACACUUGGAAGAACACAGAAUUCUACACACUCAGAAUAAGCCUUUCAAAUGUACCUAUUGCGAAGAGCAUUUUAAAUCCCGCUUUACGAGAUUGAAACAUCAAGAAAAGUUCCAUUUAGGACCUUUUCCAUGUGAUAUUUGUGGUCGUCAGUUUAAUGACACUGGAAAUCUGAAGCGCCAUAUUGAAUGCACUCAUGGAGGAAAGAGAAAAUGGAGUUGCUUUAUUUGUGGAAAAUCAGUUAGAGAAAGAACAACUUUAAAAGAGCAUUUGAGAAUUCACAGUGGAGAAAAACCGCAUCUAUGUAGCAUUUGUGGGCAGAGUUUUCGUCAUGGAAGCUCCUAUAGGCUUCAUCUGCGAGUCCACCAUGAUGAUAAGAGAUAUGAAUGUGAAGAAUGUGGAAAAACAUUUAUUCGCCAUGAUCACCUUACAAAACACAAAAAGAUACAUUCAGGAGAGAAAGCCCAUCAAUGUGAGGAAUGUGGAAAAUGCUUUGGCCGAAGGGAUCAUCUCACUGUUCAUUAUAAAAGUGUUCAUCUAGGAGAAAAAGUGUGGCAAAAGUACAAAGCAACAUUUCAUCAAUGUGAAGUCUGCAAGAAAGUUUUUAAGGGGAAAUCAAGUUUAGAAAUGCAUUUUAGGACACAUUCAGGUGAGAAACCAUACAAAUGCCAAAUUUGUAAUCAGUCCUUCAGGAUUAAGAAGACAUUAACUAAACACAUGGUUAUUCAUUCAGAUGCUCGGCCUUUCAACUGUCAAUACUGCAAUUCAACAUUUAAACGAAAGGAUAAACUAAAAUACCAUACUGAUCACGUACAUGGAGGGAAGUCUGCAGAAGAACUGCAAAAUUCAUUGUCAGAUGAAAAAAUUGUGUCAUUACCAGCUCAGUACACACCAGACGAUAAGGCUUUUCAAGGUGAUUCUAAACCAUUUGUGGAUCAGAACACAACUUAUCAAGUGGAUACCAAGGCAAUGCUACAGAAUGUACCAUCAGACACAUGUGUGCCAGUGACAUUGAUAUCUGUUCGAAUGCGUGAAACUCAGUCUGAUCUUGUACAACCGCAGCCUCCUGUUAUAUCUUCAUCUCACUCAAUUCUUCCUUCACAACCCCCUCCAACAGAUUAUCAGCAAACAACAGAUCUGGAAUUUCUUGAAAAGUAUACUCUGACUCCACAACCAGCAAACAUAGUUCAUCCAGUUAAACCUGAACAAAUAUUGGAUCCUAGAGAACAAAGUUAUCUUGGAACAUUACUAGGUCUUGAUUCAGCUCCUUCUGUACAGAACAUUUCAAAUAAUGAACAUUAAUGAUCAUGUCUAUGAAAUGUGAUAUUUUAUUAGUCUUGAGCUGUUAGCCAUUUUGAAGCCUAACAGUAUUAUAUAAGCUCUUGUCUAUUUCAUUAAAUGAAUGGGGUAUUACGUUGAAAUAUGUGUGUAUAUGGAAAGAGAGAGAGGAAGGGAGGGGAAAUGAAAUGUAGAGAAUGGAGAUUGUGACAAGUGUCUUCUUGUCAGGGAUCCUAGCAUUCUUCUGUAUGACAGAAGGCAAAAAAUACUGGAUAUAUGAAAUUAAUUAUACAAACUGUAUUUAGUUAACUAAUUUAAAUUUUAAAAUCAUUUAAAUAAGUUCAAUUUUUGUUUAAUCACUAAAUGGAGACUAUCACACUCUUAAAAGAGCCACAUUUUUAUUCAGAUUUGGUCAGAAAUGUGAAAAAAAGAAGCAGCUGCUUUUAAUGAACUAGAAAAAUGCUGUGGUUAUCCGAGAUCAAAAACACUUAUUCUAAAUCAUUUUUAAGAUGUGCACAGCUGUUAUAAAGAAAAUUAUUUAUAAUUUCUCUAAUGAAUUUUUUUCUGACUGCAGUAUAUGCUAUUCUGUGUGUAUGUGGGCAUACAAAGAGACCAGGAGAGAGAGAGUUAAUAUUCCGUUCAUUACAUGAAGAAAGCUACAGUGCACAAAAUUUAUGACACAGUUGGCCUUUAUGGUGUCUGUUCGUUUGCUACAACAAACGAAAACAAGUGUUCUACUGAAAAUUCUGUUAACAAUUGAAAAGUUAAUAUAUCUAUAUUUUCUUUUACUUCAGUUAUUUUAAAGCUGUUGAGCAUGAAAAAUUAUUGUUGCCAUUUUAAUGCAGUGGUUUAGCUUUCAAAAUCAUGUAUUUUUCUUAAAAAUUGUAAUUUUUUAAAAAUAAAUUCUUGAAGAGUAAAAAAUAUAGAUUUAAUCAAUUAUGGAUUGUCAAUUAUUGAGGGGAAGUCCCCUCACCAUAUGUUUUCACUGUGCAGAUAUCUCAUUUUGUAUGUUAUAAAAAGCUUUAGAGUUAAAACUAUAUGUCUUUCUUUUGAUUGUCACAAUUUUAAAACCAUUUCUAUUUCAAUAUCAGGUGAAAUAAAUCAAGGCAGCAAUACUGCUUCCUAGACAAUGUCUUUGGUAUCAGAAGGCGUCAUUGCUGUUAGCAAUCUAAAAUACAUCCAGG